UUUCCAUUGUAAUAGUGGAAUCUGGAAAGAGCUCAUUGUACGGAGCUGGACCAGUUCAUUCACCGCGUAGAUCGCGACGCUCAAAAUACACGCCCAACGACGGCGUAUUGUAUUGAUCUCUCAAUACCCAUUCGUUCCUUCCUGUACAGAUUCCUCAGCCAAUCACAAACAAUUAGGGUUUUUUCUCCAAUUCCACUAAUCAAAAAUGGCGUCGGUCGGGUACAGUAGCCUACCGCCGUACGGCACCGGCGGCGGAGGCGGAGGGAGCGGAGUCUUCCUCCGCGCCAAAUCGCGCACUCAAACGCUUUACGCCACGCGCCGCCCGUGGCGUGAGCUAUUCGCUCACCCCGCCUCCUACUCCCUACCCUAUAGCUUCGGCGAUUUCGCCUCCCGCCUCAAUCGCAACCUCGGCCAUUUCCGCGUCAAUUACGCGAUGAUUGUGCUGGUGGUGCUAUUCCUCAGCCUGCUGUACCAUCCGAUCUCGAUGAUAGUUUUUAUGGUGAUCUUCGUGUUCUGGUUUCUCCUCUACUUCUUCCGCGACGAACCGAUCGUGGUCUUCAACCGAAUGGUGGACGACCGCAUGGUGAUGGUUGGGCUCGGAAUACUGACGCUCGGAAGCUUGCUUCUCACGCGCGUGUGGUUGAAUGUUCUGGUGUCUUUUUCAAUUGGGACGGCCGCGGUUGUUCUGCACGCGACGUUCAGGGUUACGGAGGAUUUGUUCCUGGAUGAAGAUGAGAUUGCUUAUGGCGGAUUGCAAUCCGUUGUUGGAGCUAGGUUUUGAAAAGUUGUUUUACAGAUUUAUAAAAUGGCGAAUGAGGUAUUGGUUUGUUCAUAGUAAUUUUUUUUUUUUUGGCAGAAAUGAAAUCAAAAGGUAUGAUCAUACAUUCUUAUCACAAAUCAAAUACUCAAGUUGAUGUGAUAUUUACUUUUUGGAGGAACUAAUGUUUGGAUAAAGAUUUUUUUCAAGUUGAAUUGUUGUUAAUUAUUAUUAUAGAAUAUUAAUCAAAAGGUUUGAUUGAU